UUAUCAUGGCCCCCAAACGCCCCAAUUUCCUCGUGGUCGUCGCUGAUGACUUGGGUUUCUCCGACAUAGGCUGCUAUGGAGGAGAGAUCCGCACGCCCAACCUCAACCGUCUGGCCCAGGAGGGUGUUCGGUUCACCGACUUUCAUGCAGCAGCAGCAUGCUCUCCCACCCGCGCCAUGAUCAUGACCGGAACUGACCACCACAUCGCUGGUCUCGGCAACCUUGUGGAAUGGACCAACAUCUCCGGCCAGAACGGUCCCAAAGGUGCCCAGAUGAGCACUGCUCCCCAACGUGGUAUGCCGGGCUAUGAGGGUUACCUCAACGAGCGCGUUGUUGCCCUGCCUGAAGUCCUCCGCGACGCUGGUUACCACACCCUCAUGUCUGGCAAGUGGCAUCUGGGUCUGACCCCAGAGCGCUCACCCUUCCGCCGUGGCUUCGACCGCUCCCUCGCUCAUCUCCCGGCCUGCUCCAACCAUUACGCCUACGAGCCCCAGCUCCAAGGCACCGACGAAACCCCCACCUUCCUCGAGGCCAGCUAUAUUGCCCUGCACAUGGAAGACGACAAAUACGUCAAGAAGCUGCCCGAUGACUGGUAUUCCUCCGAUGGCUACGGUGACAAAAUGCGCGAGUACAUUCAAGACUGGCAUGACCGCGGCGAUGACCGCCCUUUCUUUGCCUACCUCCCCUUCACAGCCCCGCAUUGGCCUCUGCAAGCUCCCCGCGAAUAUAUUGACCACUACCGCGGCGUAUAUGACGAUGGACCAGAUGCUCUCCGCCAAAAGCGGCUUGAGCGCCUCAAGGCGCUGGGAAUGAUCAGCCCCGACGUCGAACCGCACCCCGUGGUCGCUGACGAGGACGAAUCCAAGCCCUGGGACGAGUUCACCCCGGAGGAAAAGAAACUCUCUUGCACAGCCAUGGAAGUCUUCGCAGGCAUGGUCGAAUGCAUCGACGCCAACGUCGGAAAGGUCGUCGAUUACCUUGCCUCCAUCGACGAACUCGACAACACCUUUGUCUGCUUCAUGUCCGACAACGGCGCUGAAGGCGCCGCCUACGAAGCCUACCCCAUGGUCCAAAGCGGCGUCAUGCCGCAUCUCCAGAAAUACUACGACAACUCUCUCGAGAACCUGGGCAACUACAACUCCUUCAUCUGGUACGGUCCACGCUGGGCCCAAGCCGCCACCGCCCCGUCUCGCCUCUACAAAGCCUACACCACCGAAGGCGGCGUCCGCGUGCCCUUCCUCGCCCGUUUCCCCACCUCCCUCAACACCGCCUCUCACGUCCAUUCCGGCUCUAUCACCGACCAAUUCGCCACGGUUAUGGACCUUGCCCCCUCCAUCCUCGACAUGGCCGGCGUCUCCCACCCAGCCCCGUCCUACCAGGGCCGCGAGAUCGUCCCGAUGCGCGGGAAAUCCUUCUACCCAUGGGCAGCCGGCGAUAACCCCCGCAUCCACGAAAAAGACUUUAUUCAAGGCUGGGAAACCUGCGGCCGGGCGGCACUGCGCUUCGGCGACUGGAAGAUCGUCUAUAUCCCCAAGCCCAAGGGCCCAGAGCGCUGGCAGUUAUACAACCUGGCCAAGGACCCCGGGGAGAUCCACGAUCUGGCGGAGCAGGAACCUGAGCGAUUGAAGCAGCUGCUCAAACUCUGGGACCAGUAUGUUAUUGAGACGGGUGUAAUUCCGUUGAAUCCAGACUUGGGAGAGUUUCUGGAGGCCACGGAGGCCCAGAUGCCGGAGAAUGCGUGGAUGGAGUUCGAUUAUUGGAAGAAGGGUGCCCGCGAUGAGCCGGAGAAGUUUACGAGGAAGCCGCCGAGGUUUCAGAGGGUGGUGAAGCAGUUCUAAUUGUGUAUGUGUGUGUAUUGUAAUUAGCGUAGU